AUGUCCGCUGAAGCCAAGCCGCAAGUCAAGUUGUCCACUUCCGACAACGAGGAGUUCAUUGUUGACCGCGACAUCGCCGAACGCUCCGUCCUCAUCAAGAAUAUGCUCGAAGACGUCGGCGACGCAACAGAAAUUCCCAUCCCCCUCCCCAACGUCUCCGCCAACGUCCUCAAAAAGGUCCUCGAAUACUCCACCCACCACCGGAACGACCCCAUUCCCGACCCCUCCACCUCCUCCUCCAACGACCCCUCCGACGAAAUAAUGUCGUCCCGCAAAAAAUCAACCGAUAUCGACGAAUGGGACGUCAAGUUCAUGCAAGUCGAUCAAGAAAUGUUGUUUGAGAUUAUUCUUGCGGCGAAUUAUUUGGAUAUUAAGGGGUUGUUGGAUGUUGGGUGUAAAACUGUGGCGAAUAUGAUCAAGGGGAAGAGUCCGGAGGAGAUUAGGAAGACGUUUAAUAUUGUGAAUGAUUUUACGCCGGAGGAGGAGGCGCAGAUCAAGAAGGAGAAUGAGUGGGCGGAGGAUCGUUGA